UAUUAUUAUUAUUUUAUUUUUUUAAGAUUUCUGACCUAUAUUUGAAGGUAAACUGUCAUGUAACCUGGAACAGACAGAAAUACUGUGUUAUUAACGUUGUUAUUUCUCUGAAAUGUUUGCGCAUGACACUUUUUUUAUUUACAUAUUUAUAUCAAAUGUAGUUGAACUAUUCUUUGACAGACUGUAUAAUGUGAACAGAGUUUAUGGUUGCAGCCGGUAGGCGAGCGAGUGAUUUGACCGGAAGUGGGCGUUGUGUUUCAACUGGAACCGGAAGUGAAGCUGCAGUGCGUCUGUGUGUAUAUGUGUGUCUCCUUGGACGGAAUGGGUCAGAAAGGAAUACUACGUGCAGUUUAAUAACUCAUUCAAAAACACAAUCACUGUUUUAAUUAAUUGAUAAAUAAAUGAAUGAAAAUGAAACGCGACGUCCGGAUUCUGCUGUUAGGGGAACCCAAAGUGGGGAAGACGUCUCUCAUUAUGUCCCUGGUAGGAGAGGAGUUCCCAGAGGAGGUUCCUCUCCGGGCCGAGGAGAUCACCAUACCUGCAGACGUCACGCCUGAGAAAGUGCCGACGCACAUAGUGGACUACUCCGAGAGCGAGCAGACGGAAGAAGUGCUGCACAACGAGAUCGUUAAGGCGAAUGUGGUGUGUGUGGUGUACGACGUCACGCAAGAGGAAACCAUCGACAAGAUCCGGACAAAAUGGAUUCCGCUUGUGAAUGGCGAGGCCGAAAAAGGCAGCAAGAUUCCCAUCAUCCUAGUGGGCAACAAAUCCGACCUGCGCUCCGGAAGCUCCAUGGAAGCCAUCCUGCCGAUCAUGAACCAGUUCUCAGAGAUCGAGACGUGCGUCGAGUGCUCAGCUAAGAACCUGAAAAACAUCUCCGAGCUUUUCUACUAUGCUCAGAAAGCUGUGCUGCACCCGACAGCACCGCUCUAUGAUCCUGAGGACAAACAGUUGAAGCCGCUGUGCGUCCGUGCGCUCAGUCGAAUCUUCAGCAUAUCCGAUCAAGACAAUGAUCGGAUCCUCAGUGACUCUGAACUCAAUAGCUUUCAGAAAUCCUGUUUUGGGAACCCAUUGGCCGCUCAGGCUCUGGAAGACGUGAAAACAGUCGUAUGGAAGAACACCAGCGACGGCGUGCAGGACAGCGGCCUGACUCUUAAUGGUUUCCUUUUCCUGAACACGCUGUUCAUCCAGAGAGGACGUCACGAGACCACGUGGACCAUCCUGCGCAAGUUCGGCUACGACGACACGCUCGAGCUGACCGACGACUACCUCUAUCCGCCGCUGCGCGUGCCUGUCGGUUGUACGACAGAGCUGAACCAUCUCGGCUACCAGUUCCUCCAGCGGCUCUUCGAAAAGUACGAUGAGGAUAAGGACUCUGCUCUUUCGCCAGCGGAGCUGAAGAACCUGUUCGCCGUGUUUCCCUACACGCCCUGGUCUGAGUCGGUGUACAGUAGCGUCCCCACAACAGAGGACAACUACAUCUCUCUGCGCGGCUACCUCUGCCAGUGGACGUUGUCGGCGUACCUGGGCGUCCACAGGUGUCUCGAGCAUCUGGGGUACCUCGGUUAUCCAAUCCUGAUGGAGCAGGACUCUCAGACAUCAGCCAUCACUGUAACCAGAGAGAAGGCGUCAGACCUGGAGAAAGGACAGACGCAGCGCUCGGUGUUCCUCUGCAAGGUGAUUGGACCACGCGGGACGGGAAAGUCCGCCUUCUUGAAAGCCUUUCUCGGGCGGAGCCUCACGGGUGACGAGCACCACCCGGGCGCCUUCUCUCUCUACACGAUCAACACCGUCUCCGUCUCCAACCAGGAGAAAUACCUCAUCCUGGAGGAAGUGGACGUCGAAGCGGAGUUCCUGAAAGCGGCUGACGCCACGUGCGACGUCGCCUGUCUGAUGUAUGACGUCAGCGAUCCCGACUCGUUCAACUACUGCGCUAGUAUAUACAAGCACUACAUGGCGAGCGGCGUGCCGUGCGUAGUGGUAGGAUCCAAAGCCGACCUGCCCGAGGUGAAGCAGCACCACGGAAUGAGUCCGGCCGAGUUCUGCUACAAGCACAGACUCCCUACGCCGCUUGGGUUCAGCGCGCUCGACACGCACAGCAACACGCACAGCAACACGCACAUCUACAGCAAGCUCGCCUGGGCCGCCAUGUAUCCGCACCUGAACGGUUCGGACACGAACAGCGCGUCCUUCUGGCUGCGUGUGACCCUCGGAGCUCUCGGCGCCAGUCUGCUGGGAUUCGCCGUCUACAGAGCCUUCAGCAGGCACAAAUAAAACACACACACACGCACGAAUACAUACAUACCACCAACUGACUCUGUUCAGCUGCUCCUUCUCAGUCACACACACGAGCACAGUUCCUGCGCUAUUGGUCCAACAUAUGUUAAGCGGGAGAAUGAACUUUGACCUCUUUCACCUUAGUGUAUUUGACCUGAGCCCUGUGAGUCGAGACCCUCACGCACACCACUCAGCGUCAGUAAGACUGUGUGUGUGUGUGUGUGUGUGUGUGUGUGUGUGUAAGAGAGAAAGACCGACAGUUAUUUUUGGCAUAUAUUUAUAGGAAGCAGAUGGUCACUGUAUUAUAAUAACAGGCAGUAAAAGGUCCAAAAAAAGACUUUUCCAUAUAUAUAUAUCUCUAUAAUUAUUAUUUUUUUGAACCGGUUUAGAAAAGAGAGACGUCACCUCAGGUCUCUGCGUGUCAUUAAUUUUGUAUAGUCGCUUUCAAAGCCUGUAGCAAUCAAUUACAGGUUGCUGAUACUGGAAUUCACACACACACUCAUGAAUGGUCCAACACAGACAUGUCCUCUUAUGAAUAAUUUUUUAAAUUAUGGCACAUCAAAGCCGCUGUGUUCAACAAAUAUAUUUUGUAAUAAAUGUUUUUUUUUUUUUUUUUUUUUCUCCUCCACUUUGUAAGCACA